ACACACACACAUACAGAGGGUUGGAAACCCAUAAUUAAAAAAUAUAGCUAUUUAUAGCUGUUAAUUUGUCAUUCUUUUAAAAUCAAUAAUAAAUUUUUUUUUUGUUUCUUUAGAAAUUAACAAACAAAGUGAUUGCUUAUUUAUUUUUCUAUAUAUUAUUAUUAUUAUUAUUAUUAUUUCAUACAUGUGUGUGUAUUCAAUUCUUGUAUGAUGGUAUGCUAAUUCUAUAUAUGAUAGUAUAUACGUACAUGUGUUAAAUCAUAUGUUUUUAGAAUUGUAAAUCUAUGAAAUCUACUACAUAUGUCAAGCAACAAGUUUUGUUUAAUUAAUAAAUUGUAGAUGUAUUAACAAUGGCUGAUUUGAAUAAUCAUGAUGAUGAUGAUGAUGAUGAUCCAGAGCCAACAACAUCAACACCAGAGGAUAAAAUAAAGUCAGUCAUAUCAUUUAGUCAAAAAUAUAAAUUGCAUCGACCACCAAAUCUCGUGAUAAAUGAUGACAACAAUUUAAUACCAACAAUUGAAAAUUUAUCACAAUGUAGUCCAGUACGUUCACCUUUUCCAUCAAAUGAAUCAUUAAAUGAUGAUUUUUUAAUAAAUAAGAAUGAUACAACAAAAAUAGUCAAUGAAAGCUGUAAUAAUAGUUAUAAUUAUUCAGUAGAAAAUAAUAAUGUUAAUUUAACAAUGUGUCAAAUGAAAAUAUUAUGUUUAUUAAAACAUUUUGGUUUGAGUCAUUUGGCAUUUAUAUUUAUUGAACAAGAGAUUGAUAUUGAGCUGUUUGUUACUUUGGUUGAUCAAGAUUUACAAGAAAUUGGAAUUGAAAAAAAAACUGAUCGUCAAAUAAUUUUAUCUGUUAUUGCCGAGUGCAAAAAAAGAUUUAAAUAAUUUUAUAAUUAAUAUAAUUUAUACGUUAAAAUAA